ACCGGCUCCUUGCAGCUUCCGGUUGCUAUAGGUCCCUAGAAACAAAAUGAAGAGGGCGGAUCAUCUGAGGUGGAGGGUGCAGAACAGCUUGAACACUGGAAUUAAAGCCAUGAACUUCUGACAGAUACCUUUAUUCUUUGGUAUUGUUCAGCCUGGAGCCACAGCAACUGUGAACUCAACAAAGAAGUGUGAGAAUCUCCAUGUUUAACUGUAUUCUGAAGCUCAGGAUUGCAUAAUACAUAUUGUGCUUGCAUAUGAUGGCCUGAUGGACUGCUGCAUUUUGACUUUUCUGCUCACCUUUUGUCUUUGGGUGUCAGCCUGGGAAUUAAGGUGGAAGAACCUUGGACAGAAACAGAUUAAAGAAUGGCUCAAUGGUAAUAAUCUUCUCAAAUGUAAGAUCUUAUUUGAUGAUGUGCCGAAUUUAGAGGAACUAGCAGUUCUGAGUACCUUGUCCCACCUGAAGGGAGAGUCCUUGGAUGACAGUGUGAUUCAGAAGAUAGAAGCAGUCUGACGCCAACUGGUGAAGGAGCUAGCACAGCAGGAGUGGCUUUCACUCGGUCUAGAGCACUACGUCCAUGCGCUACAAUCAUUGGGCUGCAGCACCCUUCCUGACCUGGUCCAGUUUGACAGCGAGUCGCAGGUAGCUGUCACAGCCAGGGGUUACAUCUACGGUGACUACCACAAGUUCGGCAGGAAGAUCCUUCAGAUUACAAGGAGCCCCCCGGAGUGGGAACAUAAACUAAAGCUUGCUCACAACUUGGUCCAGAGGCGUAGAGUUGAAAAGUGGUCUGUGGUGGAAGCAGUGGUUUUUGCCUCUAGCAUCACUCUUUGCACUCUAAAGAGAGACCUGAUGUUUAUCGUUGUUGGUGGAAUCGCAGUUUCCAUUGUAGCAUUCCUGUUUACUGCCAAGUUUCUCUACGAGCUAUUAGCACGGGUUAUCAGCUUUCUUCAAAAUGACAACAGAGGUAGGCGGGGAAACCGCACCAUUUAUGACUAUGUGCGUGGGAACUACCUGGAUCCUAGGUCAUGCUUAGUAACCUGGGAUUGGAAGGAUUUUCCAGAAGUCGGACACAUCAUGACCUUUAGGGUACAUUUGUUCUACAAGAAUGGGCGACCAUUUCCCGCACAACGUCCUGUAGGAUUACGGAUUCACAUUUCACAUGUGGAGCUUGGGUUGGAUGUUCCCGUCACGCAGGAAGUACUCCAUGCACAGAAGAGCAAUGUGGUGAAGGUGGGCUUCACAGUGAGAAAGGCAGGAAGGUACGAAAUCUCUGUCAAAGUCGGAGGAUCGAAUGUGGCUUACAGCCCAUACUAUAAAACUUUUCAACCUGGAUCUGUAUUUCCAGCAAAAACAAAAAUUCUCUACCACUUCUCCACCCUGGUACUGACUAGUGGACAGCAGCACACAUUGCAGAUUGCCCCGCGCGAUGAAUAUGAUAACCCAACAAGUAAUGCAUUGUCUGUCAUUGGGCAGGAUGAUUACAAAGUCCAAAUCAAAGAGCUUGGUGGCCCUGAAAAUGAAAUGUCAGAUGUUUUGUUUCAUAAAACCAUUUCCUCGAAUAAGACAAUGUGCCUAGUGCUUCUGAACUUGACAUUGUGGAAAAAAGGUUGUUUUCGAGCAUCUGUUACCUACUGGGACCAAUUGAUUGGUAAUGGGGUGUUUGACAUCAUUGUUCUCAGCGAAAAUGAGAAGAACACAGUAGAAAAGAACGUUUCAACUCCAGGAACCAGUGUUUAUUUUGAAGCGUACUUGUAUAGCACAGCAAAUUAUGCAAACUCUCAGUGGCAGUUACCAUCAAUAUCACCUUUGAGCGUGGGUCGGCACCCAUCAACCAAUACAGAUGAAGAAGAUGAGAAAGAUUUGGAUCAGGAAAAUCAGACAGCUGAGAAAGUGAAAAAACCCAAGAAGGUCUAUUGUUACAUAUCACCAAAGCAAUUCUCAGUGAAGGAGUUUUACCUGAAAAUCAUCCCCUGGAGACUUUUUACUUGCAGAGUGUGUCCAGGAACCAAGUUUUACUACCACAGUCUGGAUCCAGUGCAUAAGUUCCUCACGUUAGUGGUGGAUGAUGGGAUACAACCUCCUCUGGAACUCAGUUGCAAAGAAAGGAACAUCAUGGCAGCAACAUUCAUUCGUUUCUUACAUAAGAACAUUGGUGGUUCUGAAACUUUCCAAGACAAAGUGAAUUUCUUUCAGCGAGAACUUCGUCAAAUGCACAUGAAACGAUCACAUACAAAGAUUGUACUUAAAGUCAGCCGUCACAGUUUCCUUGAGUCGUCCCUGAAAGCCACAAGAAACUUCUCAGUCUCUGAUUGGAGCAAGAAUUUUGAGGUGAUUUUUCAGGAUGAAGAAGCAUUGGACUGGGGUGGCCCACGCAGGGAGUGGUUUGAGUUGAUGUGUAAAGCACUCUUUGAUCAUAGCAAUGGUCUGUUCAUGCAUUUCAGUGACAAUAACCAGGGAUUGUCUGACCUCCAGCUGUUGAUGUGUGGGACUGGCAACAUCAAUGUACCUGAUUUCAAGACCCAUGCUGUCAUUGUUGGAGGGACCUGGCACUUCAGAGAGAAGGUAAUGAAGUGGUUCUGGACAGUAGUGUCCAGUUUUACACAGGAAGAGCUUGCUCGAUUGUUGCAGUUCACAACUGGGUCUUCCCAACUCCCUCCAGGAGGAUUUGUGGCAAUGUGCCCAUCUUUUCAGAUCAUAGCAGCGCCUACACAGAGUACCUUGCCCACAGCCCAUACUUGCUUUAACCAGUUGUGCCUUCCCACUUACGAUUCCUACGAGGAACUACACAAAAUGCUGAAACUGGCUAUUAAUGAAGGCAGUGAAGGAUUUGGGAUGCUGUAAUCAUGACGCUUUGGGACGCGAUAAAGUGAACCUAUUCUCUGGUAUGCUGGGAAAAAUACAGGGUCCAGGGCCUGCCAAUUUAAGAUUGACAUGGUUUGCCUGUUUAUCUACCACUUCCAAGACAGAAAUGGAUUGAGCAAUGGUAUUCCAACCUGAUUGUUCUGUUGCUGAAAGAUGGUGAGGUGAUCAGCAUGCUCCACUCAACACUUUUCAAACUCCACCUGUAAUGCCAAGCACUCCGAAAUGAAGAGGGAUGUUUUUCAGGUUCCGUGAUCAGUAUCGUCCUUCUGCAUACUUGUCUGAUUUACAAAUAACUCGACCUGGGGAGAUUGUUUUCAAGACUUGAUCAUCUGAUUGAAGGUUUGUUAGGAAGCAGGAAAAAACAUUGAAUGCUUGCAAGCAACUACUAAAACUGUGUCAAUUUAUUCAUGUAGCACACAACAUUCUUUGUCAAACAGUAUUUUGAGCACACACUGAAAAGGAUUUGAUACAUGGACUUGCAAUUGCAAGCUAUUGAGAGUUUUUAUGAUUUUUGCAUUGACCUUGGUACUAGGCAUUCAACUGUGAAAGAAACCAAAAGCAAUGCCAGGUUCUAAGACCUGUCUUCUAGAUUGUCCUAUUCACUGAACUAUAGUCGUGCUGUUGGCCUCCUCCUUGAUGAAUGGCAGUUACAACACGUCUCUCAAAUCUUAAAAUAACUGCGUUUUUUUCCAUAAGCUGCGUCUUGUUGCUGAACUGCUGAGACAGGUGCCAGUCACAGAUUUUCAAAAGGGAGGUGCUGUUCUGAUUUUCUGAUUUUCCGAUUUCACUCAUUUCCCGUUUGACUCUUAGUAAAGUUGAAGUACAGAUGCUGGGAAUGUGAAGUAAAACCAGCAUGCCGGAAAUAACUCGGCAUCUAUGGAGAGAGCAACAGAGUAAACGUUUCAGGGCAAUGAACUUCCAUCAGAAUUCACGCAACUUUCAGGAUUAUGUUCAAUAAUUAAGAUAGUGAAGUAGACGAAGUAGGAGUUAAUCACCAACGAAUGGGAUUGAAAUGUGAGAGCACAAACUGUCUCCAGUGCAUUAUAGUAAAUAGAGUACCAUCUAACAUUCACCGAAAAAUCCAAAAUCACUAGAGAUAGAAAAUAAGCACUUCUUCUAAUUCGCAAUUAUAUGUUAAAUUUUUCUUAAGAAGUUGUUAUUAGGAGCCUUGUCAUGAGGACCUCCUUCAAAAGAAGUGAUUAUUUUACAUAGUUGAGAUUAAGCUAAUGCAUGUUAUAUCAGGUUGUGCUAUACUACAGAUGAUUUUAGUUGGAAGUUAGUAAUUAUUUUGUGGGUUAUCUAAUAUGAGCAAAAUGCUGUUUUAAAGGCAGGUUUCGCAAUGCAACUGGAAGCCAGCUGGGCCGAAUGGAUCUAGUCUUUUUAUUACUACAGGGAUAUCACAAGCUGAAGUACAGAGGUUGGUGAUUGUCUCUGUCUCUGGUUUCAGAUCUCAGCUAGGAUGAUGCUUGUAUUGUCUACAAAAAACAAAAGUAGACUUCAAAAUCAGGGUUUUUUUCUUUGUUGUGGCCUGUUUUUAAUCACCCAUUCAAAUACCAGUAAUAAGGAGGUACGUAGUUUAUAUGUACCAUUAAUUAUCCUUCAUCCAUUGUCUGUGAAAAAAAAAUCAUGUGCAUUCCUGCAUACUCACCUCACAGAUGGUAAGCUUUCACUCCAGAUCUUCGAACACACAAGAAAAGUUGUGACCAUAAACAAUCGAAGCAUAUUUGUAGUUCACAGCAUUUAUUGUAACUUGACUUCUUAAUGCACACAUGGAAGAAGAAAUUAUGACCUUCCUUCUUUUAUAUAUCUGCUAUAUUCCUCAACCAUGUCACAAUAAUUAAAUGCAUUUUAUUUCUA